ACAAAAGGUUGUUGCUGAUAUAUUGCACGGUGCUGUAUAUGGAAACACAGCAUAGAUUAACGGCUUAGAUUAUCACAACGUAGCGCAUAACCUACUGACCAAUCACAAUGCAGGGCGUGGCCAAACAUUUUCGAAUGGCGGCAGAAGCAUACAGCAAGCAACAUAUUGAAACGAAUAGCCAUGGCGAAAAGGAUAUUUGCAGUAAGAUUUUAAGUAGCAAAAUCGCAAGGAUGUAUCCGUCAAAGCGUUGUAAAGGACUGUAACUGAGUAUGAACUUCAAUUUGAUAUAAUUUACGUUUGCGCAAUGUAAAAUAACAGUACUUCAUAAGUAACAAGACGGCAUCAAAGUUGCCAAUCAAAUGCCGAUGAAUUCACUAGGAUAUUUAGCAAAGGAUAUAAAUUAACCGACUAGAUUAGUUUCAAUUGGAAAGUCGUUGCAUAUUACACGGCGUUUAAUCAAACCGGAAGUGCGAGUUCGGCUAAAAUGGACAGUGCUAAUGUCGAUAGAAAUGUGGGCUCAAGGAAAACACGUAGUGGUAUUUUAAAUAAAUCCUUUAAAGUCAAUGCUAUGCCGGUGCCGCCAAAAGGCGCUAAUCGGGUGCCAAAGUGUGCGCGUUGCCGCAAUCAUGGCAUCAUCUCCGAGCUGCGUGGUCACAAGAAACAAUGCACCUACAAAAAUUGUAAAUGUGCAAAGUGCGUGUUAAUCUUUGAACGGCAGCGAAUUAUGGCCGCACAGGUUGCCCUGAAGCGUCAGCAGGCGGUGGAGAAUGCCAUUGCAUUGCGCCUGAUUGCCACCAAGACGGGCAAACAAAUUGAUGCGCUGCCGGAGGGACAAAUCUUUGGUCUCUCCACGAGCGGCUUAAAUGAUUGCACGGAGGUGGACGAUGCAAUGGACAGACAAUUGCCAGCACAGCGUCAAAUCAAAUCACAUCAAAUACAACAAAUGGCUGAGGACCUCAGCACGUCCAGUUGUGGCGCUAGUUUGAGUCACGCGGCAACAAUUUCGUCGAUGGGCUCAACCCCCACCCCACCCUCGCCAGCGGUGGUCUCUCAGAGUGCUAUCGAUAUGUUGGCGCAACUUUUUCCGCAUCGCAAACGCUCCGUACUAGAGUUGAUAUUGAAACGUUGCGAUUUGGAUUUGGUACGCGCAAUUGAGAGUGUAACACCUGCAAUUAGUAGCACAUUAACCGAAGCAACAACAACUGCAACUGCUAGCACAACAAUUGACGCAACAACAGCAGUAAAAACAAUGCCUAUCCGGAGCGCCUUUAAGCCAGUCACAGCGGAGUUGUACGCUCACAAAUCGGGAUUAACUGUGAGUAGUGUUAGCGGCUCCAGCGCAUCCACCGGCACACCGGCCAUUUGCGCCUACCCCAAAUGGUUUGUGCCACUCAGCUUUCCCGUCACAAUGGGUCAUCUAUCGAAUUUGGCGCCACGCUGCACCCUUCCCAACUGCACCUGUAUGGAUACGUAUCAAUUCAAUUGAUGCCGCCCACACAAAUCCCCUAACAAUAAAAUAUAAUAUAAAUACGCUGCCG